AUGGAAACCGACUCUGCAUCAGAAUACAGCUCCACGGGACUUGAGCCCGAUUCAUACGUGUAUUCUGAUGAGGAGAAUGACUUUACGGUCACCAUAAACCACGACGACUCGCCGUUUUCGACAGACCCUGUACCAGUGCGCGCGUCCCUUGAAACCGAGGCCUCGGACGCAUACACUGAAGACUGCCGAACUCAAAGUAACGAAUGGUGCACGUGCGGUCGGUGCCGCCCGCAGGAAACAGACGAAUUCGUUUGCUACAGAGAGCUCGACGCGGUGGCAGCAGUAUGUGAUGACGAGUGCGUGGACUGCAUAACGGUGCACGACCUCUUCCAACGCAUGUGCUUGCACAGGAGGCAGCUUCAGGUGCGCAGCAGGUUCCUACGGAACGAGCGUCCGUUUUACAUGGAACGCGGCUCUAGUGCCGACACCAACAGGUAUUCAGCCUUACCUUUGACCUGGUAA